GUGUGUCCCCAGAGAAUUUGGUGGGUGGCCGCUGUGUUGCUGUUAUGGACCCCUCACAUGCACUGCCGGAACGUUACAAACGAAGAUAUCCGAGACGCGAUGAUGUCGCUAGUCCACAUGUUUCGGAAUUCGGAGGCGAAGUUGGAACGGCACGAGUACCGAGAAAAGGCACUGGGUGAGCAGCUGAAGAAAAUGAUCGGUGGGCUGGAGAAGAAGCACCGCGCCCUAGAACCACUGAAGGGCAUGAUAUCGAGGCUAGACGAGCGCCUGUCCAACGUCGAAACCAUCCUUUUGCAGAAGGAAGAGCGAGAAAAGGCAUCACAAAAGAAGACCAGUGACGCGCUGGAAGAAAUCCAGAAGUCUUUGCAAGCUCUCUCGUCUGCCAUCAACAAGAACAUGAAGGCAGCUGCCGCCGCCGCCCCACCUGAAAACAACCUCACUACUAACGACGAUACACUCGACGUAAAGUUAGAAUCCACCAACGCGAAACUCGACGCUGUCAAAUCAGAGAUAGACACUCUCAAGAACAGUCUAAGCAAGGAAUCCCUUAAGGCCAUAUUCCUGGAAAUCGCCGCCAACUACAAUCCGCUCGAGAAACACAUCAUGGAGACCGGGAAGUUGUUGGACAAAUACGAGUUGAAGCUAAACGAAUACACCAAGGUGCAGACGGACUUUGUGCCGCUCAAUGAAAUUUCGCUCGCCGACGAAGCUUGGCACAACAAAAUGUCUGAAGUUAUGGAGCGACAAGAGAAGGAAAUAGUGAAGAUUAAGAAACUUCUGUCGGACGCAGAGGGUCUGUGGAAAGAAUUGCCGAGUCGCACAGAUCUGCAAGUUUCCACCAACCAGACUCUAGAGGCCAUCGAGAGUGCUAAGGAAGAUCUCAAGGAAAACGAUGAAAAAAUCGUCAACCAAGUAACUACAAAACUGAGAGAGCUGACAGAUCGUUUGGCUUCCACCAACGAAGACAUUCAAAACAGCCUGACGCAGGGCAACACAAUGUCAGAACGCGCCUACAACGACAUCUCGCGGAGUUACGAGUCCCUACGCAAAGAGGUCCAGUCGCUUAACAAGAAUGAGCACGUUCUACUCCAAACGGCUGACAACGUCAUCGGCACCAAGAAGCGGAUCGAGUACGGAGUCCACCAGAUCCUAGUUGAGGUCGGAGAUCUGGUCAAGAAUCAGGGCAAGAUUCUCAACAAAACUGUCAAUGAGAGGUUCGACAACGUUCAGACCACUCUCUUGGAGAACCAAUCGAACGCUCGCAGCAACAUUAGCGACAAGAUCGAAGCAGAAAUGGCGCCGGUGUGGCGACAAAUCGGCAUCAUGUACAAACAACUCACGGCCAACAAGGAGUCCCUCGAUAAGUUGACUGAACAAACCGUGCGUUAUGUAAACGAAAGCUCCACCUCAAUGGAUAACAUCACAGACAAAGUUGGCAAGAUCACUGCGCGCAUGGUGGAAGUGGACGAGAAUCUCAACUACCUCCUGGGCCGUCUGUCCCUGGUGACGCAGGAGUUCCUGCAGAUCAAGACCGGCCUGGGGGAAGCCCUGGACAAGGCCAAGAGCAACCUCAGCUUAGUUAAGGACAAACCUGAAGAUAAAGGCCCCGGACCUCACAAAAUAUCCAGUUCAGAGAGCACUAUUCUUUAA